AUGGCGGCCGCCCGGCAGCCAUGGGCGCCGCCGUCCGCCCGGGCUUCCAGGACACCCAGCGUUACGGAGCGUCGCCGCCCCGCUUCCGCAGCGACGGCGGCCGCCAAACCCGGGCCCCGCGGGGCGGCCGGGCCGGCGUGCAGGGCGCUGGAGCUGAGCCGGCAGCUACGCGCGAAGGGCGGCGAGGAGCGGAGCGGCGCUGCGGCCGCCCGCGGCCAUUGGGAGGCGGGGCAGCCCACGGCGGCGGCCACCCUGCUGGCGCGGUGCCUGGCGGCGGGCGUCGUCAGCCAGGAGACAUUGGAUUUAACCUGUAGAAAAGCCCCGUGCUUUGUGAAAUUCUCAGAGAUGGAAAAAAUGGCAAACAUUCAAGCUGAAAUCAAUGAGAAGAAACUGAAAACUGAAAUUCUGCAGUUGGAGAAGGAGACAGCAGACAUCGCUCACCCUUUUUACUUAGGCAAAAAAUGCGAGAUUUUGCAAGAUAUGAACAGACACUUGGAAGCCGUACUGAAAGAGAAGAGGGCUCUUAGAAAGAGGUUGAUAAAGCCCAGGUGUCAAGAGAGCCUGCCUAUUGAGGCUACUUUCCACAAGUAUGUAGUAGGGUUGUUGACUGAGGCUGUGACUUUCAUUGAGAAGCUUGAAAGCCAUUUGCAGACCGUAAGAAGCAUCCCUCAGAUACCGAACAUCAUGAAGAAUAUGGACACUGCUUUGACAAAAACAGAGGUGCUCGCGAUGGAGUUGGAGGAGCUGGCAGACCAAAUAUUGAAAUGGAGGGAACUGCAAAAAGAAGUGUAUUCUGACAGCAUCUGUAAUACUGCUGAAUUGGACUUUGGCUUAUUUUUAACCUAACAAAUCAUUUUCCUCAAAUAGGAUGGCUGUUCGAAGAACUACCUUUUUACGGGUUUGAGUGAAAAGUACAACAUAGUUGUGCUUUAAUCCAGCAGGGGCCUUGUAGGUAGUUACAUUUCUGUUCUUAUGUAAUAGUUCUCCAACUAUUAAAAAAAAACCCCAAACAACAAGGACAAUGAGCAGUAGCUCAUAGGAAGACAGACUACUGAGAAGACUGUUAAGGAGUUCCUUUUUGAAAUAGUUGGACAGGGAUUCCCUUGGAGCCUGUAUCAUCAAUGCAAAUUUAUUUUGAUAUUUCUUAUGCACUUGCUAUAGUGUCUCUAAUAAUUAUUAUAAACAUCUUGAUAAUACACUGUAUUUUGUGUGUCACUAUAAAACUUCAAUAAAAGCACUAGAUUUCAAGAGCACA